AUGGAGGCCCAGGGGGCCAGCCUGCACGGGGGGCGCUGGGCGCUGUUGCUGCUGCUGCUGGGCCUGGCGACGCCUCUGGCCACUGCCCAGGUGCUCAGCCAGGAGGAGGCCGCGCUCCUGGCCGUGGAGGAGUUCAACCGGAACUCCUCAGAAGAGAGCCUCUACCGCCUGCUGCAGCUGGACCAGCAGCCCGACGGGGACGAGAACCCAAACACCCUGAGGCCUGUGAGCUUCGUGGUGAAGGAGACUGUGUGCCCCAGAAGGACGCAGCUGCCGCCUGAGCAGUGUGACUUCAAAGAGAACGGGCUGAUGAAAGAGUGUGUGGGGCUAACCACCCUGGACCAGAAAAAAGGCUACUUUGAAGUCAACUGUGUGGAGCUCAAGGAUGUGAAAUUGAGAGGGCUGCUGGGCGGACUCUUACGGAAAGGAGGACGGAAGAUUGGUGAAGGCAUUGAGGGAUUUGGCAGGAGAAUCAAGAAUUUUUUUUCAAAUCUUUCGCCCAGGGAAGAGUCCUAAUAGUCUGUUUUGUCCUGGCUCCGGCUUCUGGACUCUGAAAAAUAAAUUCUUGUGAAAGCAACUUUCUCCGGCCUCAAUUUCACUUGUCUUGCCUUCUCCCAGUUACCAC